AUGAUCUCGUAUAUUAACGUCAAGAGCAUACUAAGAAAGUACCUUCUGUUCGUGGGACCAGGGAUUCUUGUCUCUGUUGCAUAUAUGGAUCCUGGUAACUACGCUACCAACGUUUCUGCUGGUGCCAAUAACAGAUAUUCACUUUUGUUUGUUGUGCUCUUAUCGAAUAUUAUUGCCAUAUUUCUUCAAACCAUCUGUAUCAAAUUAGGUUCAGUUACGGGCUACGAUUUGGCGCGGUGUUGUCGUGAAUAUCUUCCCAAAUGGUUAAACUGGAUACUUUGGGUCCUUGCUGAAUGUGCCAUUGUUGCUACUGAUGUUGCUGAAGUCAUAGGAUCUGCUAUUGCCCUAAACAUUUUGCUUAAGAUCCCGCUUCCAGCAGGUGUGGCUAUUACAGUGGUCGAUGUCUUGGUGGUGAUGAUUGCUUAUCGUAACGACACAGCCUCUGCCAAGUUUGUACGUGUGUUUGAAAUGCUUGUGGCCGUGCUAGUCCUUGGUGUCGUGGUAUGCUUUGCGGUUGAGUUGAGUCAUAUCAAUGCUGACGUGGGACAAGUGUUUAGAGGCUUUGUCCCUAGUUCUGAAAUGCUACAAAAUGGCGGGUUGACCUUGGGUUGUGGUAUUUUAGGAGCUACAGUUAUGAUCCACAGUCUAUUCUUAGGGUCAAGUUUGGUACAACCCCGUUUAAGAGAGUACGAUGUACAGAAUGGAUACGUUAGUCUCGCUCUUAAAGAGUUUAAUGAUGAAAAGGAACACAAGAGCCCCGCACCACCACCAAUGUCAGUUGGAUCAUCGACUGCUCAAUUUGAAGAAACUAUAACUGAUGGCAUCCACAGAACUCGUUCUAUAAAGCAACAUGCAAUGGAAAAGACUGAAACCACCCUGGUUGUUGAAGAAACAAGUAAUGAUAUUUCUGAUUACUUUUAUCGGAAAUAUCGUCCUUCAUAUUUUGCCAUUAAUUACUGCUUAAAGUACUCCAUCGUGGAACUAAUGAUAUCUUUAUUCACCUUUGCACUCUUUGUUAAUGUUGCCAUAUUAAUCGUGGCAGGUUCAACAUUAUACGGAACACCUGCUGCAGUUGAUGCGGAUUUAUACUCCAUACACCAUCUUUUACUGACCUCGUUAGCUCCUGCCGUGGGUACUAUCUUUAUGGUUGCCCUUCUAUUUUCUGGUCAAUCUGCUGGGAUUGUAUGUACUAUUGCUGGUCAAGUUGUUAGUGAAGGACAUAUCAAUUGGAAAUUAAAACCAUGGGUAAGAAGAUUGGUUACCCGUAUGAUUCUGAUAGUACCAUGUCUUGCAAUAUCGAUUGGGAUCGGACAACAGGGACUCGGGAAGGCAUUGAAUAUCUCUCAAGUGGUUAUUUCAAUCUUAUUACCUCCAUUAACUGCUCCAUUGAUUUACUUUACUUGUCAUCGGAAGAUUAUGCGAAUUGAAGUUCCUAACGAGGAAAUCGCCGACGCAAAAGUUUCGUACACCUUACCCCAACCACCAAACAAUGCUAAUAAACUUGUUCAAUGGUAUUUUCAAGCUAAAGGUAAUAUAAUGUAUUUCUUUGGUUAUGUUGAUGACGAAAAUGAACCGGAAGAUAAAAGAUACAAGUACAUGCAUAAUAACUGGAGUACGACCAUUCUUUUGAUAUUGGUUUGGGUUCUUAUUAGUACUUUGAAUGUGUACACGAUAUAUGAGAUGGCUGCAAACGGUAUUGCUGGGAUGUAA